ACGACAGACUGGGUGCAAGAUGCGGCGCGAGAACAACUGCGCCGAAAGGCGCGCCGAAAAAGAAAUGCGGGGCUCUGGGACGCCGGCCGCUUCGACUGGCGACACAGGAUACGGGAGUCUUACGAUGCUGCCCAGGGCUGGAUUGUCGUCACCAUCAUAGGCGCGGCAAUUGGGGUCAAUGCUGCUUUUCUCAACAUUAUCACCGAAUGGCUUGCCGACAUCAAGCUUGGCCAUUGCAAGACUGCCUUCUAUCUCAACGAGAAUUUCUGUUGCUGGGGGGAGGACAACGGCUGCGAUGACUGGCAAAAAUGGACGGGUUUCUCACCCAUCAACUACUUGAUCUACAUACUCUUUGCGAUCUUGUUCGCCUGCACAUCAGCCACCCUGGUCAAGUCCUAUGCCCCCUAUGCCGCCGGCUCUGGCAUUUCCGAGAUCAAAUGCAUCAUCGCCGGCUUCGUCAUGAAGGGGUUUCUCGGUUUCUGGACCCUGGUCAUCAAGUCCUUGGCCCUACCACUUGCCAUCGGCUCCGGUCUCUCCGUUGGAAAGGAAGGGCCUAGCGUACACUACGCUGUGUGCACAGGAAAUGUCAUAUCGAGGCUCUUCGCCAAGUAUAGACGAAAUGCAUCCAAGACGCGUGAGAUCCUCAGCGCUUGUGCUGCUGCAGGAGUUGCCGUCGCUUUCGGUAGCCCCAUUGGAGGCGUGCUGUUCUCGCUCGAAGAGAUGUCCAGCUAUUUCCCUCUCAAGACCAUGUGGCGUAGCUACUUCUGCGCCCUGGUUGCAACAGCCGUCCUGUCUGCCAUGAAUCCUUUCCGAACUGGGCAAUUGGUCAUGUUCCAGGUCCAUUACGACAGAUCGUGGCACUUCUUUGAGAUUUUGUUCUUUAUCCUACUGGGCAUCUUUGGCGGUCUAUACGGUGCCUUCGUCAUGAAGUGGAAUCUCAGGGUGCAAGCAUUCCGCAAGAAGUACCUGACCAACUACGCUAUUCUCGAAGCUACUCUGUUGGCGGCUGCCACGGCUAUCGUGUGUUAUCCGAACAGCUUUCUGAGAAUCGACAUGACCGAGAGCAUGGAGAUUCUUUUUCUUGAAUGCGAAGGCGCUGAGGAUUAUCAAGGCCUCUGCGAGAGAGAUCACCGCUUUCGCAACGUGGUUUCUUUGCUGCUAGCAACCGUCAUCCGUAUCUUGUUCGUCAUUAUUUCGUACGGCUGCAAGGUCCCAGCCGGUAUUUUCGUGCCGUCCAUGGCCAUCGGUGCCUCCUUUGGCCGCUCAGUGGGCAUCAUUGUCCAAGCACUCCAUGAAGCCAACCCGCAAAGCCCAUUCUUCGCUGCUUGCUUGCCCGAUGUGCCAUGCAUCACGCCGGGAACAUACGCCUUCCUUGGUGCCGCCGCCGCUCUGAGUGGCAUCAUGCACAUCACCGUUUCGGUGGUGGUCAUCAUGUUCGAGCUUACCGGCGCCCUCACCUACAUCCUGCCAACCAUGAUUGUCGUUGGAGUAACCAAAGCCGUCAGCGAGCUGUUCGGCAAAGGUGGUAUCGCAGACCGCAUGAUUUGGUUUAGCGGCUUUCCCUUCCUCGACAACAAGGAAGACCACAACCUCGGCGUACCCGUCUCGCACGCCAUGAUCAAGGAUGUCACAUCCAUCCCCACCAAUGGCAUGACCCUCCAGCAAAUCGAGGCUCUUCUCGCCGAGGACAACUACCAAGGCUUCCCGAUCGUGGAAGAUGAGCACUCCAAGAUCCUCGUAGGCUACAUCGGCCGUACGGAGCUACGCUACGCCGUCGACCGCGCAAAGCGUGAGAGAACACUCAGUCCUCAAGCCAAGUGCACCUUUGCUCCACCGCCCAGCGCAGAUGUCACCACCCCCGGCGCUGACAUCAUAACACCCGGUCUUGUCCGCAUGGACAGCUUCAACACCAUCGGCUUCGCCGAGCCAUCCACCACUGGCUCCGCUUCGUCCUCCUCUUCCUCCUCCAACUUCAUCAACUUCAGCCGCUACGUAGACACCACCCCCGUUUCCGCUCACCCGCGCCUCCCCCUCGAAACCGUCAUGGAACUCUUCCGCAAGAUCGGUCCGCGUGUGAUCCUGAUUGAGUACCACGGCAAGCUGAUGGGGCUUGUCACGGUGAAGGAUUGCCUCAAGUAUCAGUUCAAGGUCGAGGCUAUGGAGGAGGUUGCUAACAAUGGACAACACAGUGGGCAUGGACAGGGUAAUGGAGCGGAGCAACAGGGGGUUGUUAGUAAUGACGAGAGACUGUGGGAGUUGAUGCAGAGGGUUGCGGGGUGGGUGUCGGAUAAGGUGUCGAUCGCGAGUGGUGGGAGGAUUCGGUUGAGGGAUUCGUUGGAUUUGCCUAGGGAGACGUUGGCUGGUGGUGCUGGUGCUCGCGUGGGAAGUGGUACUAAUAGGACGGUGAGGAGUCAGGGAGGAGUCAGGGAUGAUCAGAUACUGGAUGGGACGGAAGAUGAGGAUGAAGACGGGGUUGAACUGGAGAAUCGGCAGACGUACCCGCACGGAUCUACGUCUAGGUAG